CAGUUCGAAGAAACACCACGAUGUUGAGAAGAAGAAUGAAGCAAAUAUAUAUUCUAUUUAUGCAAAAUUCGUAGAACAAAAACUAUAAAUAUUUUAUACUCGCUCGAAGCGUGUAUUGAUCACAGCUACGAUAAUAAAUCAAUUUUCAUUAUAAAUAUAUUUUUAACGUAAAUACAUGAAUGCGUGAAGUUUAGGAUCAUUCGAAAUUUGAUUGAAGCGAAUAAAGACGAGGAAAUGUACAAAACAGUACAGUUGUUGUUGGUCAUAAUUCACCGCACCAUUUUGCUGGCUGUUACGUUCGUUGUCGGCAGCCUAAUCUUUGCAAAAAUCGAACACAUUAGUUAUGAGAGGUCCGGAUUCUUUUGUUGGACGGUGGUCACUACCAUAGGGUAUGGUAAAAUAGUACCCAUAACAAAUUGGGGAAAAAUCUUCACUAUGAUUUACGGUAUUAUUGGAAUCUCAAUCACUAUGUUUUGUUUGGUAUCAUAUGGCUCCUUUUUGAAUCACUGCAUUAAGAAGCUCAUCGUGGCCACAGAACGAUACUGCUGCACAAACAAACAGGUGGCGUAUCUGCACUUUAAGCUGUUUAUCGCGUUAUUCUUGUUGGGCAUAAGCGAGGUGUUUUUGGGUGGAUACGUAUUGUACGAACUGAAUGACUGGUCGUUUUUUUAUUCGGUUUACACUUGGUUCGUGUCCAUAUCAACAAUAGGCUUCGGUGAUUUCGUGCCAAACUUUCCUCCAGAAAAAAACAUCGUCAAAUUAUUCGUGGUCGUCGUUUUUCAUUUUUUUUGCAUAGUCACAUUUGCAUCGGUUAUCGAGGCAAUUCAAGGGAUGGUCGAGUCAGUUAACAACAACUCGCGAGGAGUUUGGUCCAUCAUAUUUUGUUGUUAUAAGAAUGAGGAGUACAAAAUAAAACGGGAUUCCAAUUCAAGCCUCGUCACAAAUCACAACGCAGAAAUGGACAAAACAGCACAGUUGUUCUUGGUCAUAGUUCACCGCAGCUAUUUGCUGGCUGUUACGUUCGUUGUCGGGACUUUAAUCUUCGCAGAAAUCGAACACAUUACUUAUGAGAGGUCCGGAUUCUUUUGUUGGACGGUGGUCACAACCAUAGGCUAUGGUGCCCCAGUACCCUCGACAUAUUGGGCAAAAAUCUUUACCAUGAUUUACGGUAUCAUCGGAAUCCCAAUCACUAUGUUUUGUUUGGUAUCAUAUGGCUCCUUUUUGAAUCACUGCAUUAAGAAGCUCAUCGUGGCCACAGAACGAUGCUGCUGCACAAACAAACAGGUGGCGUAUCUGCACUUCAAGCUGUUUAUCGCGUUAUUCUUGUUGGGCAUAAGCGAGAUGUUUUUAGGCGGAUGCGCAUUGUACGGAUUAAACGAUUGGUCCUUUCUUGAUUCGCUUUACACUUGGUUCGUGUCUAUAUCAACAAUAGGCUUCGGCGAUUUCGUGCCAAACUUUCCUCCAGAAAAAAACAUCGUCAAAUUAAUUUUGAUUGUUGUUAUUCAUUUUUUUUGCAUGGUCACAUUCACAUCGGUUAUCGAGGCAAUUCAGGGGAUGGUCGAGUCAGUUAACAAUAACUCGCGAGGGGUUUGGCCCAUCAUAUUUUGUUGUUAUAAGAAUGAAGAAAAAGAGAGCUACAAAAUACAACGGGAAUCAAAUUCAAGCCUUAUCACAAAUCAGAAUGAAAUGGAAGAGGACAUUUAUUUGUGAAGCAAAAUAGAUCAGAAAUACAUGGAAAAAGAAAAGACAUAAGAUAUGCAUGAACGCAAAUGGUUAAAUUCUAUAAAGCAUUCAGUUCAGUUUGAAAGUAAAAGGGGAAAUUGAUAUUGCUGUUGAGGGUUAGGUGUUGUUAUAUCGUACAUGUAAUCAAAAAUGAUGUUUUUAAAAAAUAAAGUUGUCUUGUUAUGUUA